AUGUGGGGAUUCCGGACACAGCCACCAGUGCCGACCAUCACUAUCAUGAUCAAGAUAUGGAGCAUGAAGAAGAACGAGGAGGCUGCGGCUAAGAAGAAGCCCAAGACCAGCGCUGCCCAAAUUCGUGUCCAGAAAGAUUUGACCGAGCUCGAUCUACCAUCGACUAUGCAGACCCAUUUCCCUGAUCCCUCCGAUCUCCUCAAUUUCACUCUCACAAUUACGCCAGACGAGGGCAUGUACAAAGGCGGUGCCUUCACUUUCUCGUUUGCUAUCAAUACCAAUUACCCACACGAUCCACCAAAGGUCAAAUGCACCCAAACAAUUUAUCACCCCAAUGUUGACUUGGAGGGGAAUGUGUGUCUCAAUAUCCUCAGAGAGGACUGGAAACCCGUCCUCAAUCUCAACUCGGUGAUGGUGGGACUACAAUACUUGUUCCUUGAGCCAAACGCGGAUGAUCCAUUGAACAAGGAGGCGGCGUUGGAGAUGAGCAAGAACCGUGAACAAUUCCUUAACAACGUCAAGUUUUCCAUGAGAGGAAGCAAUAUCAAGGGCGUUCAAUACGACAAUGUCCUUGUGCGAUAG